AUGUGUGGGAUUUUCGCUUGUCAUUGCCAUCCAGAUGUGCAAAAGUUCAAACCCACGGCGCUGCGCAUGGCGAAAGCCAUUCGCCAUCGUGGUCCUGAUUGGAUCCUUGCACACGAGCGGCUGAGCAUUGUCGGUGUUGAUUCUGGCGCCCAGCCCCUUGUCAAUGACGAUGGCACCCUUGCCCUGGCGGUCAACGGCGAGAUUUAUAACCACAGAAUACUGCGAAAGGGUCUGAAAACCCCGUACAACUUCAAGACACAUUCCGAUUGCGAAGUCAUUAUCCCACUUUACCUGGAACAUGGCGUGGAUACCCCUAAAUUCUUAGACGGCAUGUUCUCAUGGGUCCUGUUUGACAAGAAAGAGAACAGAGUCGUCGCUGCACGAGACCCCAUUGGUAUCACUAGUUUCUACCAGGGGUGGUCAUCGCAAACGCCCGGGGCGGUAUAUUUCGCCUCAGAGCUGAAGAGCUUGCACCCCGUAUGUGACAAGAUUAUGAACUUCCCUCCAGGUCAUGUAUAUGAUUCCAAAACAAACACGACGACAAGAUACUUCGAGCCCAAAUGGUGGGACCCCACCAACGUCCCAUCCACCCCCGUCGACUACAAACUUAUCCGUGAGUCUCUGGAAAAAUCGGUGCGCAAACGGUUGAUGGCGGAGGUCCCAUAUGGAGUCCUUCUCUCUGGAGGGUUAGACUCGAGCUUAGUGGCUGCCAUCGCUCAGCGAGAGACGCAACGACAACAAGAGCUCUCUAGCCAUCCAGUGGCUAACGGGGUUGACGGAGUGUCUUCAAACUCGGGUCUGAUCGGUAUUGACGAUUCUAACGAGCUGUCCACCGUAACUACCCUGCCCCAGCUCCAUUCGUUCUCUAUAGGCCUCCCCGAUGCCCCAGACACUAAGGCUGCGCUAGAAGUGGCCAAAUUCCUCGGCACAAAGCAUCAUGCUUUUACUUUUACGCUGGAAGACGGCCUCAACGCCCUCUCCGACGUCAUCUAUCAUUUGGAAACUUACGAUGUCACCACCAUCCGUGCAUCCACACCGAUGUACCUGCUGAGCAGGAAGAUCAAAGGCCUGGGCGUCAAGAUGGUGCUUAGCGGCGAGGGCAGUGACGAGAUUUUCGGCGGCUACUUGUACUUCCACGCAGCGCCGACCAAGGAAGCCUUCCACGACGAAACCGUGUCACGGGUAAAAAACCUCCAUCUCGCGGACUGCUUGCGGGCCAACAAAUCUACGUCAGCCUGGGGUGUGGAGGCGCGCGUGCCAUUUUUGGACAAGCACUUCCUCGAGGUGUCCAUGGGCGUAGAUCCGCAGGAGAAGAUGAUCACCAAAGAUCGGAUUGAGAAGUAUAUACUGCGCAAGGCGUUUGAUACUUCCGAUGACCCUGAUGCGAAACCGUACCUCCCCGAUAGCAUUCUGUGGCGUCAGAAGGAGCAGUUUAGUGAUGGCGUUGGAUAUGGGUGGAUUGAUGCGCUGAAGGAUAAUGCGGAGUUGCAUGUUACGGACGAGAUGAUGAAGAACCCCAAGCCGGAGUGGGGUGAUGAUGUUCCCGAUACGAAGGAAGGAUACUGGUAUCGGAUGAUGUUCGAUGAGCUCUUCCCGCCAUACUGUGCGUCGACGGUAAUGCGGUGGACGCCAACAUGGUCUAAGCAGACUGAUCCCAGUGGGCGUGCGGUUUCAACACACAUUGCCAAGUACGAGAGCCUAGAAUAAAUGCUACGCGACGAAACCACCAGGCCCCAUUUUUUUUUCUUUUUCUGGAUCGAGGGUAGAGAGAGGGUCCUUAUCCGUCAUGAUAGGGGCAUAUCGUAUGACAUAGAUAUAUGUUGGCGCUGCAAUAGCCAUUAUUAACCCUUUCCGUUCUCUUGAAAUGGUUAUUUGUCCGCAGUUUCCUCUUCUCCUUCUGAUGGCGGUGGUGGUGGUGAUGGAAGUCCCUUGGUUCGGUUUUUGAAUGCCAUUUAUGUUGUUUUGGUACUCCACGUUCUUAUUACAUAUAACAUAGAUCCAUUGCUUUUUGAGGGGCCAUACUUUUGUUUAGGCGUAUGAUCGAUAUAUAUGCUAUUUCCUUAUUUGCAGGUGCGCUUUACCACAAUGUCAUUAUCAACAUGCCAUAGCUGUUCAAAUUUAGGGAGCUUUUAUAAGGUGGACGCAUACACACAAGGUACUUGAAGAUGUCAAAAGAUUGACAUCCAGAUAUCGAUCAUGUAUUGAAGAAUAUAAGUAUACUUGAAUAC